UCAGGCUAAGGUUAGCUCUUAUGAUAGCUAGCAAGUAGUUUACAUCACCAAACAAACGCCAAGGUAACUCAUAUAUAUGCGACAUAACGUGGUUUAGUUAGUUAACAAUGGACUCAAACUCGUUGUACUGUUCUUUAGAACUAGUCGCCGGUAGCGGAAGUACUCUAAACGUUGAGCAAAGAACCGCUUUGCAGACUUCCCUGGUCAUCCUGAAGAAAAACUACAAGUUCCAUCGUGUCUUGUUUUGGGGCAAAAUAUUGGGAUUAAAGGAGGAUUACUUCAUCGCUCAGGGGAGAGGAGAGGAUGAGAUGAAGGAUAAAAAGUUUCUUUAUAGCUUCAACUGCAUGGACUGGAUGCUGCUCCCCCCUGCCACAGACUCUGUGAUCGAGGAAGUGUCCAAAGCUGCAAAGGGUCGCUUCUUAGGAGACCCCUCAUUUGUGUAUGAGCAUGUUGAGAUCCGCAGGCCAGGAGGUAGGGCUGAUGCUAUACAGGAGGAGGAGGAGGAGGAGGUGGUGACCAAAGUGAAUGAGGAGAGCCGGCUGGCCGUCACAGUUCACAAGAUCGAUUUCGAAGCAUCUGUGGUACCGCGUGGCGCCUACGUCAAAAGUCCUCAUGGCCUUGUACAGAUCAACCGCAGCUUUGGUGGCCUGUCUCACUCAGAAGCUGGAAAGCUGGACAACUACCUCCACUUCAGUAAAGCAAAGAAUCUAAAGAAUAAGUCCAUCCUGGAAAUGGGUGAAUUAAACCCAGCCACCGACUUCCUGGAUGUGCUGAGUGAUGACAUUCCUAAAGGAUCGUGGAGUCUUCAGCUUGAAUGUGCCAGCAGCGUGCUCGUGCUUCGCAGCCUGCUGUGGCCCGGCCUGAACUUCUACCAUGUGCCAAUGACACCGCAGCAUGGAUACAUCUAUAUCGGUGAUGGGAGGAAGAAUCUGGACCUUCCUUUCAUGUUAUAAAAACAGCUUUCAUAUUUCUAUUUACAAAUUCUCCACUUCUGUUGUUCACAUUUGUCAUAAAGUAUUCUAUGUUAAUUAUUCCCGGACGUUUUGUUGCUUCGAUCUCUAAACAA